AACUUCAUGACAUCAAUUGUUUGCAACCAUUUGCAACACGUGUGUAAAAAUAGGUUAGAACAGUGUUUUUUUCUAUUUUUAUUCCGAAUAUUCUGACAUUUUUUUCUAAUUUUAAAAUAAUUUGACAGUUAAAACUACUAUCUUCUGUUGUACCUGUUUCAAGAAAAAACAAACAUGUAUCUUAUGUAUUAUCUUGAUAACGAUGGACAUCGUGUUUACACAUUAAAGAAAGUAGACCCUAAUGGAAAACCUACCAUGUCGGCGCAUCCAGCCCGAUUUUCUCCUGAAGAUAAAUAUUCAAGAGAACGAAUUACUUUGAAGAGGCGAUUUGGAUUACUCCUAACUCAAAAACCUCUCCCAGCUUAUUAAAUUUAAAUAAAUGUAAUUUUAUUACCAACUUUUAUAAAUAUAAGUUUAAUAUUAAAUAAAUAUUUAAGUUCUUAAA